AUGCGAUGCUCUGUAGUCUUCUGGAUCAUAUCAAUAUUUUUACUGCACACCACAAAUCCUGCAUUAGCGGCUGUUCUCGGUAUUGACUAUGGCCAACAAUUUUUGAAGGCUAUGGUAGUUUCUCCGCAAGCGCCCAUGGAAUUGAUCCUUACACCAGAAUCUAAACGUAAAGAUGUAUCAGGGCUCGCCAUCAGAAAACUCGGCAGCAAUCCAGAUGAUAUAGAAAGAUUGUUCGGGUCGUCAGUUGGUUCCCUUUCAACAAGAUUUCCAAAGGAUACUCUAUUACAUCUAAAACCACUAUUGGGUAAACCUGGUAGUGAUAUGAAUGAUAUGACUCUCUACUUGAGAGAGCAUCCUGGCGUUGAGAUAGUGGACACUAAAAGAAACUCUUUGGCAUUCAAAGUUCGCGGUACUGAAUACUCCGUUGAAGAACUGGUAGCUAUGAACAUUCAAGAAAUUAUAAAUAGAGCUAACUCUCUUUUGAAAGAAAAGGACCCAUCUGGUUUUGAUUUUGUUGAUAGAUUGUCAUUGACUGUUCCAGAAUUUUUUACUCAGCAUCAACGUAAAGCGCUUCUCGACGUUGGGACUAUAACCACCGAUAAUUUACAGACUUGCUUGGUCAACGAUGGUUUAUCCGUAUUGAUCAACUUUGCCUUCAAACAUCGUGAUUUCACUCCUGGAGAAAAGUUGUAUUAUAUCGUGUAUGACAUGGGAAGCGGUUCUACAAAGGCGUCUCUUUUCUCUAUUAUGCAACCUAUUAAUGAUACAGAGCCACUUACCUUGGAAAUUGGAGGUUAUGGCUUCAACGAUCGUCUAGGUGGCUCAAAAUUUACGCUGGACAUUGCAAGUUUGAUUCAAAAUAGAUUUUUAGAACAGCAUAAGGCUGUCAGAACUUUCUCACUCAACGCGAGUCCGAAAUCCUUAGCAAAGAUCGUUCAAGCGGCCGAAAAAGCCAAAUUAGUGCUAAGUGCCAAUUCUGAAGCACAUGUCAGCAUUGAAUCUCUCAUUGAUGAGAUUGACUUCAAGACGACGAUUUCAAGGUCUGAAUUCGAGGAGUUCAUUCAAGAAGGUGUCCGCGACAUUGCUGGACCCAUUGAAGGUGCAUUGAGCACGCAGUUUUGGGACGAUCCGAUUGAUUUAGAUGAUUUAUCCGGUAUUAUCUUGACAGGGGGGUCUAGCAGAGUGCCUGUCGUUCAGGAACAGUUGUCCAAAUUUGUGCCUGAGGAAAAAAUAUUGAGGAGUGUUAAUGCCGACGAAUCGGCGGUCAACGGUGCCACCGUUAGAGGAGUAAAAAUAUUUGAUGCCUUCAAAACAAAACCUUUAAACAUUAUAGAACGUUCCGUUUUUAAUUACGGCAUUAAAGUGCAGCAAGAAGAGUCUGAAGAGAUUAUUUUUCAUAGAGGUACAGAGUAUCCAUCUCAGAAAACCAUCACAAUAGACCCUUUGGAAAAGGCUAACGAUAAAUUUACCAUCGAUCUUUACGAAAAUGACAGAAUUUUCAAAACUGUCGCGGUUAGCACAAAAGAUGUAGAGAGAAGUUUCACAUCUGAAUCCUGUCCACUCGGUGUUUCUUACAACAUUACUUUCACUUUAUCACAUAACAGAAUAUUUGAUGUUGACAAAGCUGAAGCAAUUUGUCAGAAAAAUUCUUCUGUAGGUGAUAGUGGUGUUGACAGUGAAAAAGAUGUAACAGAUGUUAAUAGUGAUACUUCAAAAAAUUCAAAGGGUAAGCCAUCUCGCAAAUUGAAGCUUUUACUAACUAAAGACGAUACUCCAAUAAAACACAUGUCAUCAGAUGAAAAAUAUCAAUGUAGAAAACAUAUAUCAUUCCUUGUGAAAACUGAUAAGGAAAGAUAUGAACUGGAAGCAGCGAAAAAUUCUCUGGAAGCCUUGCUUUAUGAAACGAGAAUCUACCUUGAAAAUACUGAUAUAAUUGAAACAGGACCCAAGAUUCAUUUGGAAAGGUUGGCGGAAUUGAUACCUGAUUAUUUGGAAUGGCUCGAAGACGGCGCAGAUGACUUUAAAAAGGGUGAUAUCGAAGAAAAGAUCUCUCAGAUACAAAAACUCAGAAAUAAAAUAGAAACAUAUUUGAAGUAUCUAUCAGAGCCAUUAGAUGGCAAGCAAUUCAAGGACAUGCUGGAGAAAUCAAACAAUCUCUCUCAAAAGUUGGCCGAUUCUAAGCAGCAGGUUAAUGACACUAUAGAGCUUAUUGAAGACAAAGUUGCCGAGUUUGAUCUCGAUGUUCACGAGGAAUACUCUAAAAUAAGUUUACCAAGUUAUAUUGCAAGACUGCUCGCUGGAUGGGAUGAGACAUUAUCGUCUCUGAGAGAGAAGACCACCUCGAUUGAGACAAUGAUUGAGUCAGGUGCUUUGGAGCAAACUGAUCGUGAUGACUUACUGGAAAUGAAGCUCUCUUUUGAUGAGGUCAGCAUCGAAUUCGAAAAGAAAAUAAAUGCUUUUAAUAUGGGCAAGGAUUAUCGGUUUCGAGAGCUUUUAUCAUUGACACAAAAAUUGGAAAAAGUUAGAAAGAGAAAAGAAGAAAGAUUGAGGAAGAGUAUGGCAGAAAUGAAUAACUCUACAAGUGGCUUGUUUUCGGAAGCCACGGAUACCCUUGAGCCCUCAAGCUUAUCUAGUAGCACAUCCACGGAAACUUUGACUGCUAUUUUCCACGACGAGCUUUAG